AUGAAUCGACAUGUUACAUCUUGCUAUUCUAGCAUUAAUCAUAUCUGUACGAAGUCAUCACCAAUUGAUACACAACUACGUCUGCUUCCAUUAGACACCUUAUUCGAUUCAAAUAUAUAUUUAGACAAUACGACAACCGAGAAUGAUAAGAAUCAAAUUUCAAAUAAAGUUCAAAUAGUAUCACCAUCAUCAGUCAUGGUAACAACAUAUUCGAAUCCACCUUUCAAUCAAACAAGUAGAAUUGCUGAUCAUGAUCGUUCUUAUACUACAUAUGGUGAUCUCGAUCGACAAGCUGUUGUUAUGCUUUGUCAAUUUAAUCUUCAAGCCUCACCAUCAUCUUCUCGUUUGACACAUAAUAAUCUUGCAUGGAAUGAAUAUAUUAAGAAAAGUCUAAAUUUUCUGGAAUAUGGUCAGUUUCAAACAAUAAAAACACGCAGACAUCAACAACGGCCAUCAUCAUCAUCAGUAUUAACAACAACAACAACAACAUCUUCUAUUCGAAUUUCAUUCGAUAAGAAUCAGUCAUUAAUACUAAAAAUAAAAACAAACGUACGAAAGCAAACAGAAGAACGACGUAAACAUAAUAAUCGAAAAACUGAACAAAGAAUUAAACGAGCACAAACAAGUAUUGUUUUGAAAGAUGAACCUAUGGAUAAAAUUCACACGUAUCAAUGA